AUGAAAGUCAUAGUCAGGUAUGCAGAAACAGGGCAAGAAUUUGAAUUGGCCAUAAGCGAAGAAAGAGCUAUAGAAGAAAUUCAAGAAGUUUUAUAUUCUUCAGUAGGCGUCCAGCCUGAAUUUCAAAUAUUACUAUCAGAAGAUGGUGUCAGCUUAAAAGACAAAAAGUCUAAUCUUCAGCCUAAUGCUAUUAUAUACGCUUUUUCUAAAGAAGCUAUCCUUUUCUAAUAAAUUCUUUAUUUUUUUUAAAUAAAUAAAAAAUUAAUACUUAUAUGCUAUAAAUUAUUAUAUUAAAAAAGACAAACUCCCUAUAAAUCUUGACAUAAAUCCUCUUAAAAACACAAUUGGGCCUUGUCUCCAAGGUGAAGAAAGAGGAGUCUUAAUAUUAGAAAGAAAACUUCAUAAGCUAGCCGAAAGGGCUAUCAAGCUAACAGAUUUAAUUUCCUCAGCAAAUGAAUUUAAGUAUAGGAUCGAAAAAGAAAUAAAUAUCUGUGAAAAUUCAGCUGGAGUUCUCGAAAUUUAUCACAAUAAAUAUAUCCAAACCCAAAUCCUUUCUUAUCGGCAAUUAUACAAUAGAUUUGAAAAUCAUUUUAACGCUACCCAAGAAGAAUUAAAUUUAUUCGACAAAAAUGUUAACAAACUAGAACAAAUUGAGCUUCAUCCGUCUCUGCAAAAACCUGAGCGCAAAUGCUUAAGUGAUAUUUUGGAUCUCCAGCAGCUAACUAAAUGAAAAGAACAGUUUUACUCUGAAAUUAUCAGGCUGCAAGCCAAAUUUUUAGAGGUAAAUGGCGGAAUGGAUCAAUUGGCAGAAAAUUUCAAAAUAAAUAUAAUACAGCCAUUUAUUCAUCCAGAUAUCCCUGAACUUAAUGCAGCUUCAGCAGAAAAUGCAAUAAAUUUGUAUAGAGAGUAUCGAGAUUUAUCAGCAAAAUAUAUAGCUGAUGGAGAUGCGUCAGCUGGGGAAAGGCUUCAUGAAGAGGAAUGAGAAAGCAAAGCCAAAAAUGCAGAAAAUGAAGUAGCGGAGCUUGAAAGGAACAGUUUUAUGAUAGAACAGUUUUUAAAUAACUUGAAACAAGCUAGAAAGCAAGCUGCUGACCUUAUUUUGGCAAUUUUGAAACAGGUAACAACGAUGUCAAUAAAAAUUAGAGACAGCGUCAAAAGUCAGGUUAAUAUGCUUUCGUCUCUAUUAAAAAGAUCAGAAAAGAGGCUUGGGUUCGUAAAAGUUCCACGACUGUUACCAGAAGCUUAUAAUGCAAGUCUAAUUGAAGUUUCAAGGCGAAGAUUGUUUGUAAAAAAAGCUAAUGAGCUACAGCAACAGCUAUACCCUAAUAAAACAAAUUAAAUUUUUUUUUAAUAAAAAUUAAUUUUUGAAAUAUAUUCCUUUAUAGAGUAUAAAUAAAAUAGCCGAAAUAGAAAUUUCAGAACGACUGAAUUUUUUGAACAAAUACCGUCACGUUUUGCCUAAUGAUUUUGUAUCCCAGCUAAGCGCAGCUCCAUGUGUAAGAAUAGUUUCAUUUAUGAAUGAGCCUGACUUGCAGCUGCCUGAAAUUGAUAUUUCAAUUGACGAUUUUCCUCACAUGCAUCUUUAUUCAUCAGAAUCAUUUGAUGAAAAGCUGUCACAAAAAUAUGAAAACGCUGUAAAUGAUUUAAAUAACCUAAAUCAAGAAAUAGAAAAUUAUAAAAAGCGAGAAGAAGCCCUUAGAAAUGAACUUGAAAAUAAUAAAGAUGCCAUUGCCAAAUUAACUGCAAACUUAAAAGCAAAAGAAAAAGUAAUAAGGGACACUGAUAAAGGGCUAUUUGACUUAAAAGAAUAUCUAAAAGGGAUCACCAAAGAAAAUGCCGUUUUGAAGCAGCAAGUGGCUGCGCAGACCAAAAAAGCGUUAGACUUAGCAAAUGCAGAGCAGCAGCUACAAGAAAAUAUCCAAAAAUUGCAGGCUGAAAUUAAAGAAAAAAGCAAUGAGCCUUAUAUAAAAAUUUUGCAAGAACUUGGAAUAUCAUGUGAAACGCCAGCUGCCUUAAAAAAUUUUGUUGCAAAAUUACAGCUGGACUUAGAGUUUGAAAGAAAUAAAAGCUCUUCAAUGAUUUCUUUUACAAGCUUUAGUGAAGGCUCUAUGGCACUGUUCUUUCCAAGCCCUGAAGGGCAUUUUAUUGCGUUUAAUUUCAACUGUCCGAACCAUUUUUUAGAUUUGGACUCUUUAGCUCCAGCAACCCUACAAUCAUUAUCCCAGCAACCAUUUUUAGUUGGAAAUAUUAAAGAAAAGAAAAUCUUCCGGGCGCUUGCUCAAAAUCCAUUUUCAUUGCCAAGAGAUACUGAAUACUCCUUGCUUUCGAUCCAAGAAAUGCCAUUAUAA